AUGUCUGAGGAGAAUCUUAAGUGGUAUAUAGAAACGGGGGACGUUAAUGGUUUUGAAAGGGCCAUAUCUAAGUUUAAUGAUGUAAACCAAGAUAUUGGAAAUGGAAGAAGGCUUAUCCACAUUGCUGCUGAUUAUGGGCAGUCGGAAAUAAUCGAGAUUUUAAUAAAGAAAGGUGCAGAUGUUAACGCUAAAGAUGGUUUUGGGAUGACUCCUCUAAUCGCGGCUGUGUAUGAAGAUCACCCGAAAUGCGUCGCAGUUUUAUUAAAAUAUAAAGCUGUUAUCACGUCAGACCCCAAAGGAAAAAAUCUUUGCGACUGCACAGAUUCUCAGGAAAUCAAAAGCAUGCUUUCAAAAUAA